ACCAUAAUAUAUAAUAUACAUUUUGCAAAAUAAAGAAGUUGUUUAUGUAGUUUCGGUCUUGAAUUCUUGGAAAGACCUUAUUCAAUUUAAAGAUAUAAAAGUUGUUGUUGGGUCAAACGGGCAUGUUAAAAUUUUGAUGCAAAAUGGCUAGGAUUACGUUUUUGAUUUUAUUUUCAUUGGCAUGCUUCAGCCAAGUGACCUCUAACCAAUUAACAAAAGAAGCUAAUGUACAAACUUUCUCCGAGUAUUCCGACAUCCACAAACAAUUUGUCAGCCUUUUUUUCCAAUCGACAUCUCAAGCAAUCGAAAAUGUUGACAAUCUUUUAACUAGAAGUGCCGUAUUGAACGUCCCAGACCUAAUAAGCACAUUCAACACUGGCCUCAGCUACAAUCUACUGGUAGUUAAUGAAGGCUUUGUUAAAGUCGAUCCAGCUGUACUGGAAAAAGCUCUACUAAACCUAGCCAAAGAAGUAACAAAAAUUCUAUUCCCCAACGACAAAGUCCAACAACUGAUGACUUACCUUGUGCUCCAAAAGCAAAUCAAAGACACCAUCAAGCAACUGCCGCCUGUUAUCGAACAAAGCAAGAUACCUGUUGGUGUUUUGAGUGGCGCUGUCUCUGCACCGAAAGUGCAACCAAAAGCUGGCUUCUUGACCGGUUUGCAAUAUGAAAUUUGCAACGCAACUAUGAACCAUGUUAGUACGCUGAUUGGUACAGCAAUUAAUAAAGCUGAGACUCAGCUUUCAAGUAUUUCUGUUGCGGGUUCAACUAAUGCUGUACUCACUACGCUUGUUGGAUUUUUACUAAGUUUAGCUAGUCACGCUUUGAGUUUGGUGGAAAGUUUAAACGAAUCUGUCGGAAGUAUUUUGUGCGAUACGUUAUUGGGCUCUUCAAGGAGGCGUCGCGAUGUUGGCGUUUUGAAGAAUGUUAGUCCUAGAAGCAUUAGUUCUAUAGCAACAAAUGUUUUGAACCUUAUAUGGAAUGCAAUUUCUAGUGUAUUGAAACCGUUCUUGGUCAAAGGGGCUACUUCAAUGGUUAGUAGGCUGCAGACUUAUAUUGAAGGUGUGCUGGCAACGUUGUUGGCUUCUGUUAUUGCUUCAAUUGAACAGUAUUUGUGAGUUUUUGAAAUUUUAUGCUUGUUGUUGAAGACAAUAAAAUAAUCUAUUUAUUGAAUUUUUGUAUUUUUUUUUGUUGGCUUGAUUGUAACUACAAGUAUCCAGAGAAUAUAUAUUUGGUUAUUGAAAUUAA